AUGUUUUUAAAGACCCUGGAUAGUAAGGGUGCCAUAAUUAUCAACAAAGAGCAUCAGUAUAUGAUGGAAGUGCUGGUGGAGGGGACUAGAGUCAUGCAAAUGGCGAAGCUGUUUCGAGGAAGAGAUAUUCCUUUCGAUGUGAUAGUGAGUGACACUUCAGGGUGUGGCGGUACGCGUCGGAUACGGAGUCCCCUCGCCAAUCGGCUAAGAUGUCCUAUUACUUUGUUUGCAGAUCGAUCGCUUGAUUGGAGAGAUUUUUACCCACUGCAGGUAGUCUACACUUUUUUGAAUGACUUGGAGAAAGCUUUUCCAUCAACAUGUACGGUGUCCGUUAUUGGUAGAUCUGUUGAGGGAAGAGAUAUAAAGAUGCUGAAAAUAUCAAACAGCGAUGCCAAUAAUACAGGAAUCUGGCUGGACGGUGCAACUCAUGCGCGGGAGUGGAUUAGUACAGCAGUUGUGACAUAUAUAGCUGAUUAUUUAGCCAGAAAUUUUGAUACCUUGUCUGUCAACUAUACGAGUAAAGACUGGUAUUUCGUACCUGUAGUGAACCCAGAUGGCUAUCAACAUUCGCACACAUCAGAUAGGAUGUGGCGAAAAAAUAGAGCAGUGUAUGGAAAUGUUAUUUCUGGAGUUGAUCUUAAUAGAAAUUUUGGGUAUUUCUGGGGUCGUGGUGGUAUGGAGCAUUCAUCUGGCGAUCCAAGUCAUUUAAAUUAUCGUGGUCCAGAACCUUUUUCGGAACCCGAAACUACAGCAAUUAAGGAUAUAAUUCUGUACUCGGGGACACCGUUUAAGAUAUUCCUAUCGUUUCACGCUUGCAGUGAAGCAAUCUCCUUUCCAUGGUGUCACACAGCGGACCCAUGCCCGGAUUACGUCAAUUUACUUGAAGGUGGAACUGCUAUGGCUAAAGCCAUUUUCGAGACAACUGGUCGUAUGUACAAAGUUGGUAACUUUAAGGAUAUAAUGUAUUAUGCUUCUGGAACUAGCAUUGACUGGAGUUAUGGUACGGCUCGCAUCCCCUUCUCCUACCUCGUGGAACUGAGGAGCAAACAGGAUCGUUUCACAUUACCCAGAGAAGAAAUAAUUAUAUGUUGCAAAGAAAUUCUAAAUGGUGUCAAAGCGCUCGUCGAAUUUUCUGAUAAGAAGAAAUGUUUGAAUUGUUCUGUCAUUCCGAAAAAACUCCGUAAUUAG